AUGCGUCUCAACGUUCUAUUAACGGCAGCUCUGGUCCUUACUGCCAAGGCUGCCGCUCAAGACAACAAGGCCCGUCUCUGGUACACAGCUCCGGCUGCACUUUGGACCGAUGCUCUCCCUGUUGGCAAUGGGCGUAUCGGUGCCAUGAUCUUUGGUAAUCCAGUCAACGAACGGAUGCAGAUCAAUGAAGAGUCUGUAUACUCUGGCGGGUUCAGAUCAAGGGUGAACCAGAACUCACUUGAAACACUGCCUGAAGUCCGAGAGCUACUUGCAAGCGGUCGCGUGUCGGAAGCUGAGAAACUCGCAAAGGUUGGCUUAACCGCUACGCCGCAGUCUAUCCGCCACUACGAGACGCUGGGCGAGAUGGUCCUCGAGUUUGAUGGAACCUCCAAGCAUGACAAGAACACCUACAAGCGGUGGUUAGAUUUGGAGACGGCAAUCGCUGGGGUAGAUUUCUCGGUUGGUAGCACCAAGUUUCAUCGGGAAAUGUUCUCUUCAUACCCUGACAACGUUCUGGUCCACCACCUCACUGCCGAAGGGGGUGACAGCAUGUUAUCCUUCAACAUACGUGUGCAUCGCCCGUACGGUGGAGGAAACAGUGCCUCGGAUAUGGGCUAUAAUAAGAAUGGCGACACCACCUACAUGGUUGGCGGAACACAGAGCCUGGACCCUAUCAAGUUCGCAACUGCCCUUACCAUAAAGACUGAUGGAAACCUUCGGGCGAUUGGAGAGUUUCUUCUGGUCGACAAUGCUACUGUUGCAACAGCUUUUUUCACAGCUGCUACAUCCUACCGCCAUGAUGACCCUCUUGCUGCUGUUGAUGAGACACUAAGUAAAGCGGUGAAUUUGGGUUAUGAGGAGCUGCGAAAGAGACACCUCGAAGACUAUCAACCGCUGUUUGAAGCCUGCCGUCUAGAACUCGACAGCGCGGAUAGUACGGGGUCUGACUUGCCUACCAACAAGCGUGUUAAUGCGACUCAGGCAGGGGCUAAUGAUCCAGGAUUAGUCGCCCUCCAGUUCGAGUAUGGAAGAUACAUGCUGAUCGCUUCGUCUCGCGAGGGAACACUCCCUGCUAACUUGCAGGGAAUCUGGUGCGCGGAGUUCGAAUCAGCUUGGGGUUCUAAGUAUACUGUCAACAUCAACCUCCAAAUGAAUUACUGGCCAGCUGAAGUCACUAACUUGGCUGGGCUGCACAGCCAGCUCUUUGAUCUCCUUGACCUUAUGCAUAAAACAGGAAAGGAGGUUGCCAAAAAUAUGUACGGUGCAUCCGGGUGGAUGAGCCAUCAUAAUACUGACCUCUGGGGUGAUACGGCCCCUGAAGAUCGCUACCUACCAGCCACCUACUGGACACUCUCUUCAGCUUGGCUUACCACUCAUAUCUUGGAGCACUACUGGUACUCGGGAGACAAGGCAUUCCUUUUAUCAAAGAUAGAAAUCCUCUCGGAUGCCAUCCGUUUCUAUCUUGAUACGCUGCAGGAAUACGAAGUCAACGGCUCCAAGUAUCUUGUGACCAGUCCAUCUGUCUCCCCCGAGAAUACUUACAAGUUACCUGAUGGAUCUUCAACUUCAAUGGCAAUUGGGCCUGCCUGUGAUUUCCAAAUUCUCAGAGAAUUGUUCAACGGCUUCAUCGAUGCCGUCGCUACUGUCGACAGUCCACCAGUUGAGGCAGAGUUUAUCGAGAAGAUCAAAGACACUCUCGCUCAAUUACCUCCUCACCAUAUCUCGACAAGAUAUCCAGGUGUCUUGCAAGAAUGGAUUGAAGAUUACCAAGAAGCUGCUCCCGGACACCGUCAUGUCUCCCAUCUAUUCGCUCUGCAUCCAGGCACCCAGAUCCCGCCGCCAGACGCACCCGGCCACAACGAGACCAUCUGGAACGCUGCAAGGAGUACACUGGAAUACCGCUUGAAGAAUGGUGGCGCGGGCACGGGCUGGUCACGCGCCUGGACCAUAAACUGGUUCGCUCGACUGCUCGAUGCCAAAGCGCUGAACGACCACAUUUUCCAAUUCUUCAACGUCAGCGUGUAUCCGAACCUGUUUGACGCCCACCCUCCUUUCCAAGCGGAUGGGAAUUGGGGCUUCACCAGCGGCGUUGCCGAGGCGCUAAUCCAGUCACACAUGCGGUCGGAGGACGGCGUUAGGGAGGUUUGGCUACUUCCCACACUGCCGAGCCAAUGGUCCUCAGGAAAGGUCACCGGUCUCGUGGCGAGAGGAGGAUUCGUAUUCGACAUUACGUGGAAAGAUGGAAAAUUGGCAAGCUUCAAGAUGAAGAGCCGGGUUGGUGGACAGGUAGAUGUCAGGUAUGGUAUCGGAAGUAAUUCGAGUGGCAAGAUCGAAAAUACCAGCGGCGGCGGUGGCAAUUUUAGACUCCAGGAAACCGACGUGGAAAACAAAGUUGCCAUCGAGACUGAGAAGGACAAUGAGUAUGAGUUCAAGGUCACGUGGGAGUAA